UCAGCGUGCAUUGAGCAUUGAGUGCAUUGUUCUACUUGGCCGUUUGUUCACUGGGGUUCCUACACACAAACAAAACUUUCCUGACAGCCUGGGCAAUAUUGGGCUCUGGAGUGCUUUAACGAUCCCCCUGAAUUAUUGGAAUCUCCCACUUUUUCCAGAAACAGGAUAAAUAAAGUGUGUUUGGCAACAUGUACAGCUUCAUGGGAGGAGGAUUGUUCUGCGCUGGGGUAGGGAACAUACUCCUCGUGAUCUCCACAGCAACGGACUACUGGAUGCAGUACCGUCAUGCCAACAACUACAUGCACCAGGGCCUGUGGCGUUACUGUGUGCCAGGGAAAUGUAUGACACACACAGACAGCAUUGCGUACUGGGAUGCCACGCGUGCCUUCAUGAUCUUGUCCCUGCUGGCCUGUUUCAUUGGCAUUGUGAUCGGAGUCAUGGCCUUCAUCCACUACUCCUCCUUCGAUGGGUUUGACAAGACCUUCGCAGCCGGCAUUUUCUUCUUCAUCUCCUGUUUCUUUGUGCUGCUGGCAAUGGCUGUCUACACAGGGGUGACUGUGAAUUACUACGGUAAACGCUAUGGGAACUGGAGAUUCUCCUGGUCUUACAUCAUGGGAUGGGUGUCCGUGGUGCUGACGUUCUUCUCAGGUAUAUUUUACAUGUGUGCCUACCGGAUGCAUGAAUGCCCAAGAAACUCCAACUCACGCUGAUCUACCAAACUCCACCCCAUGAAUGGCUCUAUCAAAUAUGACUGAGAACUCUGUCACUACUGUUGUCUGGGUUUACACACAGACAUAAUAUUAUGUUUAACUGACCUGAAAAAUAUAAUAAAUGGGUGUACCACAGUGUUUGUUUGUCAUAUUUAAAAUGUGUCAAGAUCAAAAGGCUUAUGAUGCACAAGUUUGAAUGCCAGCCUAGAAUUUGAAAGACACUUUAUUAUCUUUGCUCAAACAGGGAGCUGGAAAUACAAUUCAGCCACAUUUCAGGCUGUGAAAAACAUGCUGUGUAUGUUAAACAUGAAUAGUCUAAACCACAAACAAUUCACAUGUAAGCAAAGGACCCGUCAACCUAAGGUCACCGUCAAGUUGCUGUUUUCAGCACACAAAAAUGUAUGACCGAAAACAAAGUGAUAGAUGCGCAAACUGUGAGAUAAA